AUGGUGACUGAUAUACGUGCAGAGUUGGAUGACAAAUUCGUUUCCAGUGCACUGACACCCACAUCCAACUCUGCACACAUUUCAUUCACGGUUAUUCGCCGAUUAGCGCAGAUGAGACCCCGAAAUAUGCGCCUCGCCCUUCCAAACAACACCGCCCCUUGUUCCUUCGCCCUUUUAUUCAUGAUUCCAGUGUCCGGUUAUUGUCGCGCUGCCGGCCGGAUCCUCGCCGCGGUGUCCGAAUAUGGCUGUAUAGAUCCUUGGCACCCCUUGGCAGGUGGUCGAGGCGGUAAGGCAGUGAGGCACCGGUGGGUUCUCCUGAAGGUGGUGGUGGAGUUGAAUUUGUCGCAGGUUUAUACUUCAUUCUGCGGGAGUAGUGUAGGUGGUACAGAGGACAAGGCAGGGACACCCAGGGAGGAGCGCGCCCUGCCAAGUCCGCGAGGUCGAGCGGUCAGUCUCGACAGCUCAGAAACUGCUGUCAACAAAGUACCGAGUAAUUGGCCAUCCUUCAAGAGGUUUCUGAUCAUCCUUCUGGUCGCUGGCAUAGGAUUCUUUCCUCUACCAAGAAGCAUUGCCAAGGAUUCCGCAAGUGACCUUCUUGAAAUCCGCUUUUUAAUUCGGGUAGCGUCUUCGGUUCAAUGCCACACUUGUCAUGCCUCCGAGAAGCAGAAACCGUUGCCUUGGUGGGAAGGAGGCGACUGCCCUUGCUAUGGCAAUUUGUGCUUUCCUGAGGACGCUUCCAGUCUCUCGUGGGAGGACGCGGGCGGCGCCUGUGGCCGGAGGGCGUGGCUGGCAGGCGGAGGGCAGAAGGUGAUCAGUCUCUCGCUCUUCGGGGACAAGCCACAUUACUGGAAGGCGUUCGGGAAGAACCUCAACGCGACAAAAGCCAUGUACCCCGAUUGGGUCGUGUGGCUUUACACUAAUCCUCGCGGCCGGGAAGAUGACGUCACCAACUUGCCUUCGCUUGGAAAUGUGACGUCAAUACACAACAUGGUGUGGAGAGCGCUGCCCCUUGGCGACGAAAGGGUCUCCGCGUUCUUCGUUCGAGACACCGACUCGCUUCUCCUGGAACGAGGCGCUGCAGCCGUGAGGGAAUGGAUGGCGGGGAACAAGAGCUUCCACCUGCUGAGGGACCAUCCGUACCAUGGCAUUCCCAUCAUGGGAGGGCUGUGGGGCGCCCGCUGGGACCUCGAGACGCGUAACGUGUCAGAAUUUAGGAAUGAGCUCGCUGGGAUUCGAAGCACGAUGAUAAAGAAGCCAGAGGAAAGUUCAAGAAGGGCGUUGAUCAGGCUAUCUUGAGGAAAGUUUUGUAUCCGAAGACCAAAGGCAACGCCAUGUCUCAUGACAGUUACUUCUGCCAGCAAUAUCCCGAUGGCUUCAGACCUUUCCCGACCCAGCGAGAGAAGGGACACUACUUGGGGAAUUACAUGGGAAGCAGAGAGAAGGAUAGACUGCUUGUUAAGAAACCCUGCCCAAAGGCCUGCCGUCCAAAGGAUCACCAGGACUGGACUUUCUGCUGAUUCGGAUUUUCUGCGGACUUUCUGCUGAUUCAGAUUUCCUGCGGACUUUCUGCUGAUUCAGAUUUCCUGCGGACUUUCUGCUGAUUCUUUCUGCUGAUUCAGAUUUCCUGCGGACUUUCUGCUGAUUCAGAUUUCCUGCGGACUUUCUGCUGAUUCAGAUUUCCUGCGGAGAUUC